UACCAGAAUCCACAGUCCACCGUUUCGUCAUCCCCAAGCGAUUGCCUUUUUUUCUCUACGACUACGAAAUUCCAAAAACCCUAAACCGAUAAUUUUCACACAGAAGGAAGAAACAAGGAAAGAGAAAUGGGGGGCUCGUCGGAGACGAAGUUCUUGCAAGAGUUGGUGCUGUAUGCGGCGAGCGCGGCUCUGAGUUGCUUGGUGUUGUUCGCGGGGCUCCGACACCUCGACCCGAACCGCGAGGCCGCCAAGAAAGCGGUCGAGCAGAAGAAGGAGAUCGCCAGGCGCUUGGGUCGCCCCCUUAUCCAGACCAACCCAUACGAGGAUGUCAUAGCCUGUGAUGUUAUAAAUCCUGACCACAUUGAUGUGGAAUUUGACUCUAUUGGAGGACUGGAAACUAUCAAGCAAGCUUUAUUUGAACUGGUGAUUCUCCCACUACGAAGGCCUGACCUUUUCUCCCACGGGAAGCUUCUGGGUCCCCAGAAGGGGGUCUUGUUAUAUGGACCUCCUGGUACUGGAAAGACCAUGCUUGCCAAAGCUAUCGCAAAAGAGUCUGGAGCUGUUUUCAUCAAUGUGAGGAUAUCAAAUCUGAUGAGCAAAUGGUUCGGUGAUGCACAAAAACUUGUGGCUGCUGUAUUUAGCUUGGCUUAUAAACUCCAGCCAGCUAUCAUAUUUAUUGAUGAGGUCGAUAGUUUCUUGGGACAGCGGCGAAAUACAGAUCAUGAAGCAUUAACAAACAUGAAGACUGAGUUCAUGGCUUUAUGGGAUGGAUUCACCACAGAUCAGAAUGCUCGAGUGAUGGUUCUUGCAGCUACUAAUCGUCCAUCAGAACUUGAUGAAGCAAUACUCCGGCGUCUUCCUCAGGCUUUUGAGAUUGGGAUACCUGACCGCAGGGAGAGGACUGAGAUACUGAGGGUGGUUUUGAAGGGUGAGAGUGUCGAAGACAACAUUGACUAUGAUCGCCUAGCUGGCUUGUGUGAAGGUUACACGGGUUCAGAUCUUCUUGAACUCUGUAAGAAAGCAGCAUAUUUUCCUAUCAGGGACCUACUAGAUGAAGAGAAGAAUGGGAAACGAUCUUCUGCACCGAGACCAUUGUCUCAAGCAGAUUUGGAGAAAGUCCUUGCCACAUCAAUAAAGACAAGGGUAGCUGCUAGUGAAUACACUGGAUUACCCUCACCAUCAGCAGGGUGGUCGAGGAAUAGGGACCCAGCUGAUUAUCAGGUUCAAGCUGCAAUAAAUGAGCUCUCUAAGCUUGUAGUUUCUCAAAUAUUGAACAUUCAAUCAGAUGCCCCGGACCAGUGAAAUUUUGACAUUGAAACCGGGUCCGUUGAAGCAAAUUUGAUCAACAGUAACUUUGUUUGUCAUAGAGAAUUUGCCAUAUACGUAUCUGAAAUUUAUUUGAUGGGCUACUGUAUUUUUGUAUGUCUAUUUAAAUUUCAUGUUUUAAUAUAGCAAUUGCAACAAUUUGCUUCUGUUUUCAGUU